AUGUACGGUGCACCUGAUGUACGGGUCGUAUCACAUCACCCAGAUGGUUUUUCUGGUGGUUUCUACAUGUCUUGUUGGGAUGUUAUAAAGAAUGACAUCCUUCAAGCUGCUAUUGAAUUCUUCCAGGCAGGCAAUAUUCACAGAUCAUUCUGCUGCACUUCAAUCUUCCUUAUUCCCAAGAAGCCAUAUGCAUCCGGUUUCACUAACUACAAGCCCAUAAGUCUUUGCAACUAUAGGAAAAUGGUUGGGGGCAAUAUCAUACUCAAGUUGGAUAUGGAAAAGGCCUAUGAUAAGAUGGAAUGGUGUUUCAUCAAAGACACUCUCCUAGCAUUUGAUUCAGCUCAGUAUGGAUUCAUCUAG